UUAGCCGCGGCGGCGCGUUCCGACCCAUUGUACCUAGCAAAUCGCAUUUCGUUUCGUUACACCGUCACACCUUUCACCCCUCUCUUCUUUCUCUCUGCAUAACUCCCAAACCUUCGCUCAGAACCGCAGAGGGCACUCGCUGCGAACCGGAUUGCAGUGUCAACUCCAACGAAGCUCUGCGGUGCGUCCUAGUCCGAUUCAAAUCCCACUAAUACACUUCUAUUCUCCGCUUGCUCCGAAACGACGACGUUCAGCUAUCUAUGCGACGGCGAUCGAGUGUUUAACUUAGGGUUUUUGGACGUCGCUUAGUUUCGCUCCAAUUUUCGUACUCAAUCUUCAAAGAUUUUGCUCUGUUAAUUCGUGACAAAAUUUGCAGUUGCAUCACAUCAUGGAGAAAGAUAGAGCUGGUGCGGGAGCGAUUGACAUAGACAAGACCACGAUGACGUUGGAACCGGAAAAGCCUACUGGUGGUGGACUCUAUGUUCCUGGCAAGGAUAGGGUGGUUUACGUCCCUCCAGAGAGAAAAUCUCGUUUAGGACUUGAUACCCUUGCCAUCGCAAAACGAGCAGAGUCUCAAAAUGAUGGGGGAUUCAAGGUGCCAAAAGAGAGAACCACUUCCAUUGCAGCAUCUGCAGAAGAUGAAGAUAGGUCCGAGUCAUCAGUUGUUGAAGAAAGUGGGCAUGAUAGGACUGUCACUGCACGCAGGCACACUAAUCGGAGAUACCGUGAAGCGACCAGUGAAACAUCACAUGCAGAAAGUUCUUUAAGUGAAGAUCACUAUGGAGGAAGAGAAACCAACAGGACUCGUUCUACUGAACAACAUAUGGGUUCAGAUGUUCCUGCUUCUCCAUCUGGAUAUGACAGGGAAGAUCAUAGGAGUGAGAGGAGGCAUCGCAGGGAUGAUUCAAGAAGUGAUAGUGGAAGAGUGCGUCAACGGAACUACUAUGAGAGUAAAAAAUCUUAUUCAGAAAGGGAUUCACAUAGUAGGUAUGACCGUGAACAUAGUAUAAGUGAAUAUGGUAGAAAGCGGGACAGAUAUGAAGGUUCCAGGAGAACACCUGGCAGGUCUGAUUGGGACGAUGGACGAUGGGAAUGGGGAGAUACUCCACGAAGAGAAAGUGUUUCUAGUUCUAGACGUCAUCAACCUUCACCAUCCCCAAUGUUUUUAGGUGCCUCACCUGAUGCACGAUUAGUUUCGCCAUGGUUGGGGGGCAACACACCUAAUUCAUCUUUUACUUCACCUUCUCCAUGGGACCAUGCGGUCAAGCAGGGAGAACCCACUCUGGUACAUAAACUUCCAUUAUCUUCUGUUGCCAGACAUAAUGGAAGGUCUCAUCAACUUACUUUUUCUUCCCAAACUUCAAAUACGUAUGAGGAUGAAGUGGCAGAUAAGUCUGACUUGGGUGAAGAACACCAGUAUGAAAUUACUGAAAGCAUGCGUUUGGAGAUGGAAUAUGAUGCUGAUCGAGCAUGGUAUGAUAGAGAGGAAGGUAGCACAAUGUUUGAUGGUGAUAACUCGUCACUCUUUCUUGGAGAUGAAGCUUCCUUUCAGAAAAAAGAGGCUGAGUUGGCCAAAAGACUGGUCCGAAGAGAUGGGACCAAGAUGUCCCUUGCUCAGAGCAAAAAGUUGUCUCAGCUCACAGCUGAUAAUGCUCAAUGGGAGGAUCGGCAACUGUUGAGAUCUGGAGCUGUUAGAGGUACAGAGGUUCAGACUGAAUUUGAUGAUGAGGAAGAACAGAGAGUUAUUCUUCUUGUUCAUGAUACAAAGCCUCCUUUCCUUGAUGGCAGAGUUGUUUUUACUAAGCAGGCAGAGCCAAUUAUGCCAUUAAAAGAUCCAACAUCUGACAUGGCUAUAAUAUCUCGUAAAGGAUCUACUCUUGUCAGAGAAAUCCAUGAGAAGCAGAGUUCGAACAAGUCUCGUCAACGCUUUUGGGAACUUGCAGGCUCAAAACUUGGUGAUAUCUUAGGUGUUGAAAAAUCAGCAGAGCAGAUUGAUGCAGACACCGCUGUAGUGGGUGAAGAUGGUGAAAUUGAUUUUAAGGAGGAAGCCAAGUUUUCGCAGCAUUUGAAGAAGGGAGAAGCCGUAAGUGACUUUGCUAAGUCAAAAAGCAUUGCAGAGCAAAGGCAAUAUCUGCCCAUCUUUUCAGUGAGAGAAGAGUUAUUACAGGUGGUUCGUGAAAAUCAGGUGGUGGUGGUGGUUGGAGAAACUGGUUCAGGAAAGACAACACAGUUGACACAGUAUCUGCAUGAGGAUGGCUAUACUAUAGGUGGUAUAGUAGGCUGCACCCAACCAAGGCGUGUGGCAGCUAUGAGUGUUGCCAAGAGAGUCAGCGAGGAGAUGGAUACAGAGUUGGGUGAUAAAGUUGGCUAUGCUAUACGUUUUGAGGAUGUGACUGGGCCAAAUACCAUUAUAAAGUACAUGACUGAUGGUGUACUUCUACGUGAAACACUCAAAGACUCUGAUCUUGACAAGUAUCGGAUUAUUGUCAUGGAUGAAGCCCAUGAAAGAUCAUUGAACACAGAUGUUCUUUUUGGAAUUUUAAAGAAAGUUGUAGCCCAACGUCGUGAUUUCAAGCUGAUCGUCACAUCAGCAACUCUGAAUGCACAGAAAUUUUCAAAUUUCUUUGGAAGUGUACCAAUUUUUCAUAUUCCUGGGCGAACAUUUCCUGUGAAUAUAUUAUGGAGUAAAACUCCAGUUGAAGAUUAUGUCGAAGGUGCAGUGAAGCAGGCUAUGACUAUUCACAUAACCAGUCCUCCUGGUGACAUCCUUAUCUUCAUGACUGGCCAAGAUGAGAUCGAGGCAGCUUGCUAUGCCCUUGCUGAAAGAAUGGAGCAGAUGGUGUCAUCUUCAAAGAAAGCUGUCCCUAAACUUUUGAUUCUUCCCAUAUACUCUCAGCUUCCUGCUGGCUUGCAAGCUAAGAUAUUUCAGAAAGCUGAAGAUGGAGCCCGUAAAUGCAUUGUGGCCACUAACAUUGCUGAGACAUCGUUAACUGUUGAUGGUAUCUACUAUGUCAUAGACACAGGGUAUGGUAAAAUGAAGGUUUAUAACCCUAGGAUGGGCAUGGAUGCUCUCCAAGUCUUCCCUGUUAGUCGUGCUGCUGCUGACCAGCGCGCUGGUCGAGCUGGUAGAACUGGCCCUGGUACCUGCUAUCGGUUGUAUACUGAGAGCGCUUACCUAAAUGAAAUGUUGCCCAGUCCUGUUCCAGAGAUUCAGAGGACUAACCUUGGCAAUGUGGUCUUGUUGCUGAAAUCUCUUAAAGUUGAAAAUUUACUUGAUUUUGAUUUCAUGGAUCCACCUCCUCAAGAUAAUAUUCUCAAUUCAAUGUAUCAGUUAUGGGUGUUGGGUGCCCUUAACAAUGUGGGGGGAUUAACUGAACUUGGGUGGAAAAUGGUUGAAUUUCCGCUGGACCCUCCACUUGCCAAGAUGCUUUUGACGGGUGAACAGUUAGGGUGUCUUGAGGAGGUUUUGACAAUUGUUUCCAUGCUGUCAGUGCCAUCUGUUUUCUUUAGACCCAAGGAUCGGGCGGAGGAGAGUGAUGCUGCACGGGAAAGAUUUUUUGUGCCAGAGUCUGAUCAUUUGACCUUGUACAAUGUUUAUCAGCAAUGGAAACAGCACGAUUACAGAGGUGAUUGGUGCAAUGAUCAUUUUUUGCAUGUGAAAGGUCUAAGAAAGGCUAGAGAGGUGAGAUCCCAGCUGCUUGAUAUUCUGAAGACUUUAAAGAUUCCCUUAACGUCAUGUUGGCCUGAUACUGACAUUGUGAGAAAAGCAAUUUGUUCUGCAUACUUCCACAAUGCAGCAAGAUUAAAGGGUGUGGGGGAGUAUGUUAACUGCCGGAAUGGGAUGCCAUGCCAUCUUCAUCCCAGUAGUGCUCUCUAUGGUAUGGGCUGUACUCCUGAAUAUGUGGUUUAUCACGAGUUAAUCCUGACCACAAAGGAGUACAUGCAGUGUGCCACAGCAGUGGAGCCUCAGUGGCUGGCCGAACUGGGACCCAUGUUUUUCUCUGUUAAGGAGUCUGAUACAUCAUUACUGGAGCAUAAGAAGAGACAAAAACAAGAGAAAACAGCCAUGGAGGAAGAGAUGGAGAACUUGAAGAAGGUGCAAGCAGAGGUUGAGAGAGAAAGGAAACAAAAGGAGAAGGAAAAGAGGGCUAAGCAUCAGCAGCAAAUCUCUAUGCCAGGUUUACGAAAGGGUUCUUCCACAUUCUUGAGACCAAAGAAGUUUGGUCUGUAAAUUGUGUUGUAUAAUACUGUGAAAUAUAGGCAGACUGAGAAAAAGAAGGCUGCAUUCUAAUUGUAAUGAGAAGACUGAGAAAGAGACGGCUGCAGAUUCCUUGGAUUGCAGGACUGCCAGUACACACUGUGUUUACCUUAUGGAAAAACAAUAUUCGAAGACAAUAUAUUUUUGGUAUUAGCACUGCGCUCUUAACCAUUGUCACAUCCACGGCAAGUUUGUUGGGUUCGUAAUGCACAAAGCAGAAACUGUCCACAGGAAACUUGUUAUGUAUUCCCAAGGAGUGUGACCUUGUCUAGUUUUUACAACCUCGUCUUCACCGCGUCAUUGUAUUUUAUUCAUUAUGUUCAACUCCAAAGCAUCAUGUUUUCCGUACAACAAUGAGAAUUGCGUUUUAACUUGUUCACGUUAUUUAGGGCGCGGGGGAUUGGAAAUUACAGUGACUCUGUUUCCCCGAUUUUCAAGGCAGAAUUUUUAUUAAAUAAUAAUAUUUUGGCCUUCCCUUUGUUCA